ACAGAAGCGUGCCGGUGGCGCCCGCGGCGGUCGACGGUCGCCAGUCUUGACAGUAUUGUCAACAAAACGGGAGCGUCGUGUGGUCGGUCAGUCAUCGCAGCAGCAUUCACGCCGCCGACGAAUCGCGGCCAGCACGUGGCGGCUAAUAUUAUCGCGGACAGACUGCGCGCGCCGCUCCAGUAUCAACACAUAAGCCUGUUCGCGCGCAUGUCCGAGUCCAACAAACAACCAUAAAUGUUUAUUUUAAAAUUCCGAGUGAACACCAGCAAUGAGCAUCAGCCGCAAAUGGAGGGAAUAUGUGGCAGCACUCAGUGCUACUUUGAUCACGGCGGCGGCGGGCACGACCGUGGGCUGGACGUCGCCCACGCUGCCCAUCCUCAUGGCGCACGACUCGCCCAUCGAGACUACCGCCGACCAGAGCUCCUGGAUCGCCUCGCUCAUGAUCCUGUGCUCAGCCGCCAGUCCAAUCCCCGCGUCGUACCUAGCCGACAGAAUCGGCACGAAGAAGACGCUGCUGCUCGCGGCGGUGCCGUACAUCAUCGGCUGGGUGUUGGUCAUGUUCGCGGGCAACAUCCCCACGAUCUACGCCUCGCGGCUCGUGUCCGGCCUGGGCUAUGGUAUCGCGUAUACCGCCGCUCCUAUGUACUUGGGGGAAAUCGCCUCCGAUGAGGUGCGGGGUGCUAUGGCGACGCUCAUCACUGUCAUGUCUAAGUUCGGGAUCCUGUCUCAGUACGCCAUCGGGCCAUACGUUUCGAUGUUGGGACUGGCGAGCUUCAACGUCGCGAUACCGAUCCUGUUCGUAGUCACCUUCAGCGCUAUGCCUGAAUCUCCGUACUACUACUUGAAGCAAGGGCAGCCCGACCAGGCGGAGAGGUCCCUCAAGAAGCUCCGAGGACGACGUUACAUGCGGGGAGAACUGGACAGCAUGACACAUCUGGUGAAUGAAAACAUGAAGGAGAAAAGUCGGUGGAAAGAUUUGUUAAUAGUCGGCGGGAACAGAAAGGGGCUUAUAAUUCUCUACGGCAUAUACUUCACACAGCAGUUCUGUGGGAGUACCGCGAUCAUUGCCUACGCCCAGCAAAUCUUUGGUGCCGCAGACGGGGGCCUGGGGGACAAGGAGUCGUGUAUCAUAUUCGGGACAGUGCAGUUGUUGACGUCUGCUAUUUCGUCGCAGCUAGUCGAUAGGUUAGGAAGAAAGCCGCUCCUCCUUAUUUCAUCGUGCGGUGUCGGCUUAACGAACAUCAUUGUAGGGGCAUAUUUCUUCAUCAAGCAUGAAAACAGCGAGUAUGUCGUUAAUUUAAAGUUCAUUCCUAUUAUUGUGAUACCAAUAUUUAUAUUUUCAUACACCAUAGGGUUAGCGACAGUGCCUUUCGCUAUAACAUCUGAAAUAUUUCCUACAAAUAUAAAAUCGAAGGCCACGUGUGCUAUACAGAUAUUUGUUGCGUUGAUGACGUUUGCUGUGACCAAGUUGUACCAGGUGGUGGCGGACAACUACGGAACCCACGUGGCGUUCUGGUGCUUCGGGGCGUUGUCGGUGGCCGGGGUUAUCUUUAUUCUGGUCCUGCUUCCUGAGACUAAAGGCCAGUCGUUCGCAGCCAUUCAAGAAAAGCUUUACACCAGUGAUAAAGUGGUUUACGAGAAACGAGACGACCAUGUUGACAGAGUGAGACUUAGUAUUUAGUUUAAGUCAAUCAGUUUCUACUUUUUGUGGCUUAUAGUAACAGCUAGUUGAACAAAAUAAUAUGUAUCGUAUUUAAAAACUGAUUAAUGUGUUUUAAAAUAUAAAAAUAAAACAGCUUUUGUAAAUAAAAACCGUAAAAAAACAAUACGAUUAACAUUUCACAACUUUUUCACUAAAACUUUGAUAUGAUUGACUUUAUCAUAAUUUUUAAUGCAACUAACAAUUAGAAAGUAAGGAAGUUUUUACGAUAAUGUUAAGUUAAUUUUCAGUAUUCGUUAUUCAUACAGUUUUUAUUGAAUAAAUGUGCUCUCAGCCAGUGUGAUAUUUAAGAUAAUAUACACGGUAUACUUAAUACAUU